UUCUACUUCCAGCGAAAGCCCGCGUCGGAGGGUGACCGCCGGCGAGCGGGAGCGGCGCAGGGCUCGGGGCGGGCGGCCAGCUCAGCCCCAGCGCCAGCGCCAGCGCCAGCGCGGGCUGAGCUCGCGGGAAGAAGGGAGACUCCAGGCGCGACAGCAGCAGCGGCUCCUAGCCCCAGCUUCGCCCAAUGCUCCCGACCCGCGGGAAAAGACGAAGAGGCUCUGUGGUGCCCAAGGCCCUGGAACGGCCUCAGAGAGCAACCGCUGCCGGCUGCUUUGUCCAGCCGGAGGCCCAGCGAGCGCGCAGAGAGCGGGCGCUCCAAGGAAUCGCAGAGGGAGCGCCGAGGGAACCAGCUCGCCGCAUCUCCGCUCGCCCGCCGGCCCUCGGGCUUUGUGCCGCACUGGGCUCCGGCGCAGAAGAGUCAGCCGGCACUCGAGCGCCGAGGGGGCAUCGCGCCCGCCACCAGCCCGAGUGGAGUCAGUCGGCAAGGCAGCCGCACGCUGGAGGUAGAGGGAAGAGCGAGCUAGCGCGAGCCGGGAAGGAAGCCACCAGGCCAAGGCGGUGGAACGCGCGCUCCGAGGGGGUUCAGAGCCGAGCGGGAGGACUGUCAGAUUCCAUCCAGCCCCCGGGCUCUUGCCCCCAACUCCACUGGAGCGCUGAGCUCGGAACUUGAAAACUCUCUGCUCCCCAGGCUUCCCCCGACUCUCAUCUCCCUCGCCCUGCGGAGGCUGGGGCUCUUCCCUGUCCUCCGGCCCUCUGCUCUUGGGGGAAGACUUUAACUAGGGGCGUGCAGAUGUGUGAGGCCUUUUAUUGUGAGAGUGGACAGACAUCCGAGAUUUCAGAGCCCCAUAUUCGAGCCCCGUGGAAUCCCGCGGCCCCCAGCCAGAGCCAGCAUGCAGAACAGUCACAGCGGAGUGAAUCAGCUCGGUGGUGUCUUUGUCAACGGGCGGCCACUGCCGGACUCCACCCGGCAGAAGAUUGUAGAGCUAGCUCACAGCGGGGCCCGGCCGUGCGACAUUUCCCGAAUUCUGCAGGUGUCCAACGGAUGUGUGAGUAAAAUUCUGGGCAGGUAUUACGAGACUGGCUCCAUCAGACCCAGGGCAAUCGGUGGUAGUAAACCGAGAGUAGCGACUCCAGAAGUUGUAAGCAAAAUAGCCCAGUAUAAGCGGGAGUGCCCGUCCAUCUUUGCUUGGGAAAUCCGAGACAGAUUACUGUCCGAGGGGGUCUGUACCAACGAUAACAUACCAAGUGUGUCAUCAAUAAACAGAGUUCUUCGCAACCUGGCUAGCGAAAAGCAACAGAUGGGCGCAGACGGCAUGUAUGAUAAACUAAGGAUGUUGAACGGGCAGACCGGAAGCUGGGGCACCCGCCCUGGUUGGUAUCCGGGGACUUCGGUGCCAGGGCAACCUACGCAAGAUGGCUGCCAGCAACAGGAAGGAGGGGGAGAGAAUACCAACUCCAUCAGUUCCAAUGGAGAAGAUUCAGAUGAGGCUCAAAUGCGACUUCAGCUGAAGCGGAAGCUGCAAAGAAAUAGAACAUCCUUUACCCAAGAGCAAAUUGAGGCCCUGGAGAAAGAGUUUGAGAGAACCCAUUAUCCAGAUGUGUUUGCCCGAGAAAGACUAGCAGCCAAAAUAGAUCUACCUGAAGCAAGAAUACAGGUAUGGUUUUCUAAUCGAAGGGCCAAAUGGAGAAGAGAAGAAAAACUGAGGAAUCAGAGAAGACAGGCCAGCAACACACCUAGUCAUAUUCCUAUCAGCAGUAGUUUCAGCACCAGUGUCUACCAACCAAUUCCACAACCCACCACACCUGUUUCCUCCUUCACAUCUGGCUCCAUGUUGGGCCGAACAGACACAGCCCUCACAAACACCUACAGCGCUCUGCCGCCUAUGCCCAGCUUCACCAUGGCAAAUAACCUGCCUAUGCAACCCCCAGUCCCCAGCCAGACCUCCUCAUACUCCUGCAUGCUGCCCACCAGCCCUUCGGUGAAUGGGCGGAGUUAUGAUACCUACACCCCCCCACAUAUGCAGACACACAUGAACAGUCAGCCAAUGGGCACCUCGGGCACCACUUCAACAGGACUCAUUUCCCCUGGUGUGUCAGUUCCAGUUCAAGUUCCUGGAAGUGAACCUGAUAUGUCUCAAUACUGGCCAAGAUUACAGUAAAAAAAAAAAAAAAAAAAAAAAAAAAGGAAAGGAAAUAUUGUAUCAAUUCAGUCAGUGACUAUGGGGACACAACAGUUGAGCUUUCAGGAAAGAAAGAAAAAUGGCUGUUAGAGGCGCUUCAGUUCUACAAUUGUGUCCUGUAUUGUACCACUGGGGAAGGAAUGGACUUGAAACAAGGACCUUUGUAUACAGAAGGCACGAUAUCAGUUGGAACAAAUCUUCAUUUUGGUAUCCAAACUUUUAUUCAUUUUGGUGUAUUAUUUGUAAAUGGGCAUUUGUAUGUUAUAAUGAAAAAAAGAACAAUGUAGACUGGAUGGAUGUUUGAUCUGUGUUGGUCAUGAAGUUGUUUUUUUUUUUUUUUAAAAAAGAAAACCAUGAUCAACAAGCUUUGCCAUGAAUUUAAGAGUUUUAUCAAGAUAUAUCGAAUACUUCUACCCAUCUGUUCAUAGUUUAUGGACUGAUGUUCCAAGUUUGUAUCAUUCCUUUGCAUAUAAUUAAACCUGGAACAACAUGCACUAGAUUUAUGUCAGAAAUAUCUGUUGGUUUUCCAAAGGUUGUUAACAGAUGAAGUUUAUGUGCAAAAAAGGGUAAGAUAUAAAUUCAAGGAAGAGAAAAAGUUGAUAGCUAAAAGGUAGAGUGUGUCUUCGAUAUAAUCCAAUUUGUUUUAUGUCAAAAUGUAAGUAUUUGUCUUCCCUAGAAAUCCUCAGAAUGAUUUCUAUAAUAAAGUUACUUUCAUUUAUAUUUGACAAGAAUACUCUAUAGAUGUUUUAUACACAUUUUCAUGCAAUCAUACGUUUCUUUUUUGGCCAGCAAAAGUUAAUUGUUCUUAGAUAUAGUUGUAUUACUGUUCACGGUCCAAUCAUUUUGUGCAUCUAGAGUUCAUUCCUAAUCAAUUAAAAGUGCUUGCAAGAGUUUUAAACUUAAGUGUUUUGAAGUUGUUCACAACUACAUAUCAAAAUUAACCAUUGUUGAUUGUAAAAAACCAUGCCAAAGCCUUUGUAUUUCCUUUAUUAUACAGUUUUCUUUUUAACCUUACAGUGUGGUGUUACAAAUUUUAUUUCUGUGUUAGAUCAACAUUCUAAACCAAUGGUUACUUUCAUACACACUCUGUUUUACAUCCUGAUGAUCUUUAAAAAAUAAUCCUUAUAGAUACCAUAAAUCAAAAACGUGUUAGAAAUAAAUUCCACUUACAGCUGGGUGUAGAUCUGUGCACAUUUAUACCCACAACAUAUAUACAAAAUGGUAACAUUUCCCAGCUAGCCAUUUAAUUCAAAAGCUCAAAGUCUAGAAAUAAUUUAAAAAUGCAACAAGCGAUUAGCUAGGAAUUGUUUUUUGAAUUAGGACUGGCAUUUUCAAUCUGGGCAGAUUUCCAUUGUCAGCCUAUUUCAACAAUGAUUUCACUGAAGUAUAUUCAAAAGUAGGUUUCUUAAAGGAGACUUUCUGAAAGCUGUUGCCUUUUUCAAAUAGGCCCUCUCCCUUUUCUGUCUCCCUCCCUUUGCACAAGAGGCAUCAUUUCCCAUUGAACCACUACAGCUGUUCCCAUUUGAAUCUUGCUUUCUGUGUGGUUGUGGAUGGUUGGAGGGUGGAGGGGGGAUGUUGCAUGUCAAGGAAUAAUGAGCACAGACACAUCAACAGACAACAACAAAGCAGACUGUGACUGGCCGGUGGGAAUUAAAGGCCUUCAGUCAUUGGCAGCUUAAGCCAAACAUUCCCAAAUCUAUGAAGCAGGGCCCAUUGUUGUUCAGUUGUUAUUUGCAAUGAAGCACAGAUCUGAUCAUGUUUAAAGUGGAGGCACGCAGGGCAGGAGUGCUUGAGCCCAAGCAAAGGACGGAAAAAAAUAAGCCUUUGUUGGGUAAAAAAGGCCUGUCUGAGACUUUUAUUUGUUCUGUGCAACAUAUAAGUCAAUACAGAUAAGUCUUCCUCUGCAGACUUCAGUAAAAAGCCUGGGGGUUCUGGCAGUCUAGAUUAAAAUGCUUGCACAUGCAGAAACCUCUGGGGACAAAGACACACUUCCACUGAAUUAUACUCUGCUUUAAAAAAAUCCCCAAAAGCAAAUGAUCAGAAAUGUAGAAAUUAAUGGAAGGAUUUAAACAUGAACUUCUUGUUCAAUAUCUACUGUUUUUUAGUUAAGGAAUUACUUGUGAACAGAUAAUUGAGAUUCAUUGCUCUGGCAUGAAAUAUACUAAUAAUUUUAUUCCACCAGAGUUGCUGCACAUUUGGAGACACCUUCUUAAGUUGCAGUUUUUGUAUGUGUGCAUGUAGUUUUGUUCAGUGUCAGCCUGCACUGCACAGCGGCACAUUUCUGCAGGGGAGUGCGCACACAUAUGCACUGUUGGUACAAUUGCCGGUGCAGACAUUUCUACCUCCUGACAUUUUGCAGCCUACAUUCCCUGAGGGCCGUGUGCUGAGGGAACUGUCAGAGAAGGGCUAUGUGGGAGUGCAUGCCACAGCUGCUGGCUGGCUUACUUCUUCCUUCUCGCUGGCUGUAAUUUCCACCACGGUCAGGCAGCCAGUUCCGGCCCACGGUUCUGUUGUGUAGAGAGCAGAGACUUUGGAGACCUGGGUGUGGCACGCCAGGUGCAAGAGGUGGGAAUGGGAGAAAAGGAGUGAUGUGGGAGCAGAGGGUCUGUAUGUGUGCACCUGGGCACGUAUAUGUGUGCUCUGAAGGUCAGGAUUACCACGGCAAAGUGGCACAGUCUGGUAUAGUCUGAAGAAGCGGCUGCUCAGCUGCAGAAGCUCUCUGGUCCAACAGGAUGGGAAUGGCUGCCUUGCCUUCUGCCCACACCCUAGGGACAUGAGCUGUCCUUCCAAACAGAGCUCCAGGCACUCUCUUGGGGACAGCAUGGCAGGCACUGUGUGGUAGCAGUGCCUGGGAGUUGGCCUUUUACUCAUUGUUGAAAUUAUUUUUAUUAUUUAUUUAAUGAUACAUAUAUUUAUAUAUUUAUCAAUGGGGUAUCUGCAGGGAUGUUUUGACACCAUCUUCCAGGAUGGAGAUUAUUUGUGAAGACUUCAGUAGAAUCCCAGGACUAAACGUCUAAAAUUUUUCUCCAAACUUGACUGACUUGGGAAAACCAGGUGAAUAGAAUAAGAGCUGAAUGUUUUAAGUAAUAAAUGUUCAAACUGCUCUAAGUAAAAAAAUGCAUUUUACUGCAAUUAAUUUCUAGAAUAUUUUUUCCCCAAAGCUAUGCCUCCUAACCCUUAAAUGGUAAACAACUGGUUUCUUGCUACAGCUCACUGCCAUUUCUUCUUUUUAUCAUCACUAGGUUUCCUAAGAUUCACUCAUACAGUAUUAUUUGAAGAUUCAGCUUUGUUCUGUGAAUGUCAUGUUAGGACUUUGUCUAUAUUCUUUUGCUUAUUUCUUUUUACUCUGGGCCUCUCAUAUUAGUAAGAUUUUAAAAAGCCUUUUCUUCUCUGUAUGUUUGGCUCACCAAGGCCAAAUAUAUAUUCUUCUCUUUUUCAUUUCUCAAGAAUAAAACUCAUCUGCUUUUUUGUUUUUCUGUGUUUUGGCUUGGUACUGAAUGACUCAACUGCUCAGUUUUAAAGUUCAAAGUGUAAGUACUUAGGGUUAGUACUGCUUAUUUCAAUAAUGUUGGUGGUGACUAUCUUUGGAAAGCAGUAGCAUGCUGUCUUAGAAAUGACAUUAAUAAUGGGCUUAAACAAAUGAAUAGGGGGGUCCCCCCACUCUCCUUUUGUAUGCCUAUGUGUGUCUGAUUUGUUAAAAGAUGGACAGGGAAUUGAUUGCAGAGUGUCGUUUCCUUCUAAAGUACUUUUAUUUUGUCUACCGUUAGUAUUUAAAGAUCCUGGAGGUGGACAUAAGGAAUAAAUGGAAGAGAAAAGUAGAUAUUGUAUGGUGGCUACUAAAAGGAAAUUCAAAAAGUCUUAGAACCCGAGCACCUGAGCAAACUGCAGUAGUCAAAAUAUUUAUCGCAUGUUAAAGAAAGGCAAAUCUAGCGUAAGAAAUGAAUACCAUAUAGGGUUUUGAAGUUCAUAUACUAGAAACACUUAAAAGAUAUCAUUUCAGAUACUAUGUUUGGCAUUGUUCUUAAGUAUUUAUAUCUUUGAGUCAAGCUGAUAAUUAAAAAAAAUCUGUUAAUGGAGUGUAUAUUUCAUUAUGUAUCAAAAUGGUGUCUAUACCUAAGGUAGCAUUAUUGAAGAGAGAUAUGUUUAUGUAGUAAGUUAUUAACAUAAUGAGUAACAAAUAAUGUUUCCAGAAGAAAGGAAAACACAUUUUCAGAGUGGGUUUUUAUCAGAGGAAGACAAAAAUACACACCUCUCUCCAGUAGCUUAUUUUUACAAAGCCAGCCCAGUGAAUUAGAAAAACAAAGCACUUGGAUAUGAAUUUUGGAAAGCCCAGGUACUCUUAUUAUUCAAAAUGCACUUUUACUGAGUUUGAAAAGUUUCUUUUAUAUUUAAAAUAAGGGUUCAAAUAUGCAUAUUCAAUUUUUAUGGUAUUUAUCUAUUUGCAAAGCAUAUAUUAACUAGUAAUUGGCUGUUAAUUUUAUAGACAUGGUAGCCAGGGAAGUAAAUCAAUGACCUAUUAAGUAUUUUGACAAGCAAUUUACAUAUCUGAUGACCUCAUAUCUCUUUUUCAGCGAGUCAAAUGCUAUGUAAUUGUUCCACUGUGUGUUGUAUAAAAUGAAUCAACACAGUAAGAAAAAGGUUAGAGUUAUUAAAAUAAUAACCUGACUAAAAUACUCAUUUGAAUUUAUUCAGAAUGUUCAUAAUGCUUUCAGAGGACAUAGCAGAGCUUUUGUGGAGUAUCCGCACAACAUUAUUUAUUAUCUAUGGACUAAAUCAAUUUUUUGAAGUUGCUUUAAAAUUUAAAAGCACCUUUGCUUAAUAUAAAGCCCUUUAAUUUUAACUGACAGAUGAAUUCUGAAACUUUAUUUUGAAAAGAAAAUGGGGAAGAAUCUGUGUCUUUAGAAUUAAAAGAAAUGAAAAAAAAAAACCAGACAUUCUAAAAAAAUAGAAUAAGAAACCUGAUUUUUAGUACUAAUGAAAUAGCGGGUGACAAAAUAGUUGUCUUUUUGAUUUUGAUCACAAAAAAUAAACUGGUAGUGACAGGAUAUGAUGGAGAGAUUUGACAUCCUGGCAAAUCACUGUCAUUGAUUCAAUUAUUCUAAUUCUGAAUAAAAGAUGUAUACAGUAUGUGUUUAUGCUACAGUGGGUUUUUUUAAGUGACUGACAUUCAUCAUAUUGGUUAGACAGUUUUAAAAACCUAGUCUUUGUUUUCUACAAUGUUGUCAAGAACAAAUAAAGUAUAAUUUGUGGUAUAUUAAAAGCAAGCUGCUUAAAAAUGCUAGUUAUAACUGCUUCAAAAUAUUAAAUACAUUUGAAAAUGUAUUUUGGAAAUUCAGUUUCUCCCAAUGGAUGUUAAACACCUUUUAAAAAAUCAAGACUCUUAAAUAUGCAAGUUACUUUUCAACUUUCAUUUUUUAUCUAUUACCUGUGAAAAGCUUUGAGAAUAUAGAAUUAUAAUUAAAACACCUAGUGUUUCAUAUGACAACUGGUUCAAUAUGCUAUACCCCCCCAAAGACAUGUUUACAUGGUUAGAAAUUUACACACUCAACCAAUGUUCAUAAUUAACAAAAGGUUUAUGUGAUGCAAUGUAAAUCUGAGUUAGUUUCAUUUUUUCACUUUGUCUCAGACCUAUGUUCUGCAAAAUCUCUCAACAAGCUUCAGUAUAUGUUUUUCUCCUGGUAUCCUAGCAUUAAUGUAGCUGUCAGUUUGAAUUUCAAUCCUGAAUGAUGCCUGUUGACAUAAUUUCAUAGUACUGACUUCAACUGUUUAGGAUUACUAAACUAAAGACCAUCCACUUCUUUCUUCUAUGUUUCCUAUCACUCAAGUUCUUUAUAUUUAAUAACUACUAUGGUAGACUAAUUAUCUCUAGUGGAGUCUAAAUCCCAAAAUAUUAUUUUGUCUUUAUCAAUUUAAUAACUGGAUACAUAAAUGCAAAUUUAUUUUAUAUAUUAGUAAACACAUUUUCAUUAAAAAAACUUAGCAUUUUUGGUGGCAAGUGACUGUUUCUGUAAUAAAGAGAAAGUAUGUUUUCAUAUACAAUCUUCAAUUUCAUCAUGUUUUGUAUGCUACCUGCUGUGACAUGCACUUUACCAUGACACUAAAAGCCUUAGUACACACACGAAUGACCACUGUCAGGCAUCUUGAGAUUUUGACAUUUUUUGGUGUUUAUUUAAAAACAAAAUUAUUUUCUUCUAUAGCAUGAAGAAAAAAUUUAAAAGUAUUUCUGCUGUGCUAUUUCUGUAAAAAGUUAAAAAAUGAGAAAUGGCAGCUCCAUUUUAUAAUCAUGUGUUUUUCAAGGAGCGGAGGGUCAAAUUGUUAAGAAAAAUAUUUACAUAAGCUAUUAGCAAUCAUAAUUAGAGUGUCACAGAAUUCUGCAUGCAGCGACUAAGGAGG